ACCAGGUGGAUGGAUGACUGGAGUUUCCCUUGCGGUCUGAAGAUUAAUGGAAGAGGUCUGUUGAUCUAAAGAAUCGACUAUCAGGUGGUCGGUCCCAGGAUUUUGUUGCACCUCACGACUGAUCAAGAAACGAAUGGAACCAUAUCAAUAUAAAUAGCCGACUGCAGGAAAAGCGAGUCAACCGGAUAUAAAUUCUCUCACCUAAAUAUCAACUGACAAGGCCUGAGACAGCACCUGGUUUAUUAAGGCCAGGAUCCGAAAUGCUAACGUUAACUUGCUAGUUAAAAACAAAAAAACCUCUUUCGACGAUUUGCAUCGGGACCGGACAUUGGAGAAAAUUACGCGACUUCUGGAAUAAAGAAGAAACCGAGUGACACCAGCAGGAUUCGUCGGGGCUGUGUUGGAAAUUUGUAUGCUAACGUCAGUAAGCUGAUAUCCGCUGGCUAUCUCCGCGAGCUAACGCGCUAGCUUAGCUAACAUCAGCAGUUAGUUUUAGCUGCAGACUUGGAGACGCUCUCUCUCAACUGGACUUUUUCCGAACUCACAAUUCAACGAAAAACUGCUGGGGGAGAAUUUUUAUCACCUGGGCUUUCUAAUAAUGAUAGCUGUCAGCUAGUAGCCAGCUGUCAACUUCAUUGAGUCCUACGACUUCGUUAGCGGAGCACGUUAACUAGGCGACUUCUAAGAAAAAGUCAUUCGGAGCCAAGAGACCCCACCAUCAGGCUGCAAUCAUGGGCAACACGCCCACCGCGAAGAAGGGCAAUGAAAUGGAAAGUGUGAAGGAGUUUCUUGCCAAAGCCAAAGAAGAUUUCCUGAAAAAAUGGGAGAAUCCAGCUCAGCAAACUGCAGCGUUGGAUCACUUUGAGCGUUUGAAGACCUUAGGCACUGGGUCAUUUGGGCGCGUCAUGUUGGUUAAACACAAAGAGACAGGACAGCAUUUUGCCAUGAAGAUACUUGACAAACAAAAGGUAGUGAAACUGAAGCAGAUAGAACACACACUGAACGAGAAACGUAUCCUGCAAGCUGUCAAUUUCCCCUUCCUGGUGCGACUGGAACACUCGUUUAAGGAUAACAGUAAUCUGUAUAUGGUGAUGGAGUACGUGCCUGGGGGGGAAAUGUUCUCACAUUUAAGGAGGAUCGGUAGAUUUAGUGAACCACACGCCCGCUUCUACGCAGCCCAGAUUGUACUGACCUUUGAAUACCUUCACUCCCUGGAUCUCAUCUACCGAGAUCUGAAGCCAGAGAACCUCCUGAUUGAUCAGCAAGGCUACAUACAGGUAACAGAUUUCGGAUUUGCAAAAAGAGUGAAAGGCCGAACCUGGACGCUUUGUGGGACUCCAGAGUAUCUGGCGCCAGAGAUCAUCCUCAGUAAAGGUUACAAUAAGGCGGUGGACUGGUGGGCUCUGGGGGUUCUGAUAUAUGAGAUGGCUGCUGGUUACCCUCCCUUCUUCGCGGACCAGCCCAUUCAGAUUUAUGAAAAGAUUGUAUCGGGGAAGGUUCGUUUCCCGUCCCACUUCAGCUCAGACCUGAAGGAUCUGUUGAGAAAUUUGCUGCAGGUGGACCUGACCAAACGCUUCGGCAACCUCAGGAACGGAGUCAACGAUAUCAAGGGUCACAAGUGGUUUGCUACCACAGAUUGGAUUGCCAUCUACCAGAGAAAGGUGGAAGCUCCUUUUAUCCCAAAGUGCAAAGGUCCUGGUGAUACGAGCAACUUCGAUGACUACGAAGAAGAGGAAAUCCGAGUUUCCAUCACAGAGAAGUGUGCAAAGGAGUUUGCAGAGUUUUAGACUCCAACCACGAGUAGCAGAGUGAGGGACAGAUUUAGAAAGUGAACGGGGAUCCGAAUACAGGAAACACUAGGUUGGACUGACAACUUGCUCAUUUGUAAUGAGGAAAACAAUGUAAAAUCAUCCUCUACCCCAGCUUCCCUAUUUUCCCUCUCCCCCCAAWUUGGUAAGACAGGCAAAGUGAAGAAAGCUCUACAGAACCAGCAGUGUUGCCUUUUCUGAUUGUUUCUCAACUGUUUGCUAUUCAUUUAUUUCUCCCUCCUGUGUUUAUGACUGGGCCUGGAUAAGAACAAGCAUAGUUCAGCUACAGUUGUAUCUUUCUGGAGGCAUAAUGACACAUUCGCAGUCUUUUUAAAGGCGGAGGCACUGAUUUUUCUUUUUUUUUUUUCUUUUUCUGUGACGGUACUGAGUAUGUUGGGCUCCUUUUUGAAUGGGCCCACUCUACAAGCUUUUAACAACCGUAGAGUGAUUGUUGUAUCCUGUCAGCCUGUUUCCCUCCAUCUCUCCAACCUGAAUCUGUCCAAGCAAUACCAAGUCCAACAGAUGUGCCUAUCAUAAUGCCAACUGGUUGGAAAAAAACUGUGUCUAGUCGGUGCAGAGUUUUGGCUAUGGCUAUGUCGACCCUAGUGGCCAUUUGAUUGAAAGCUUGAAACCUGUCUGCACCUGCCUUUGUCUGCUCAAUGUGGCAUGAUUAAUGGGUGGAUGAUGCACUUAACUGCUUGCGUUCGAAGCAGUUGGGACCUGUUUGAUCAGAGUGAAAAUUAUUUAUCACAGUAAACUUCAUCUAGGUCUUAAUCCUUUGGGGGGACCUGAGAGAAGCAAACGUGAGCUCUGCAUUUAAGUCUGUCUUUCUCUUAGAUGAAUUUAUUAGAGCAUUUUACAACUACUAUUGGUGAUCAUUUUGUCCUUUUUAUGUCAAUCCCUGUGCUUGUGUGUUAUUUAGUGCUCUAGGGUGGGUUAAUAAGCCGUGGUUUAGCAGCUGCUAACGUCGUGGUCACACUCCUGACGAUUACUCGUUUGAUUAAUUUCCAUACUUCAUAACCACACAUAGGAAAAAUCCGUCUUUUCGACAUCGUCUCUUAGCCGUACAACCGAGAUAUAAUUUUGUCAACUGUAGAUUGCGGUUGUCUACAUGUAACUGAUGGUGGAUAUAAAUACGCAAAAAACAGUAGCAAAACUUUUUAAMACGGCGUGCAUGGCAUUUUUGUACAAUAUCACUUUCAAAGAGAGAAAACCAGAGGAUUUAUCUGAGCUAAGGUACCUGAGAUUAUGGAUAAGAUGUUUAAUAUUAAAAUGACGUUUAAUGAUUUAUUGAACAUGGAAGAGGACCCAGUGAAGUGCGUCAGCCUUACUGGGCCUUGCUCAGCUUUCACUUGUAGGACGGACAUUUGCAGAUUACUGUCGCUGAUGUUGAUAUUCUUGCUUUUACUUCGAUUUU